AUGUGCGGGAUUCUUUUUUCCACGGUCCCGCACGACCUAACCGGCAUGAUUAGGGCCCGUGGCCCUAAUCAUUAUGGUCGGUACGAAUCACAAGAUGCUGUAUUAGAGGCUGCGGUUCUUGCUCUUCGCGAACCAGCUACCGAGCAGCCAAUUAUUGUUGGCACCAAAGCCUUGGCGUAUAACGGUGAGAUUUAUGGUACAGACGGUAAUGAUUCAGUUGUUUUCUUCGACCGGCUUCAAGCCUCUGUGCGUGAUGCUGUCCAGAUUGAGGGCGAGUUUGCUUUCAUUUACUGGGAUAAUGAUUCGAUCUGGUUUGGAAGAGAUAGGCUGGGAAGAAGAAGCUUGAUGUACUCCCUUGAAAAUGGCCUUUUGGUUACUUCAGUGGGUGGUGCAAUAGAAUGCAAUGCAGGUGUUCUUUACCAGUACAGUUUGUCGUCCAAAAAUUUUUCAGAAAUUGAUCUCCGGCGCACAUAUACAGUUUCGAGAUCGAUUGGCUGGACACCAAACGAACAGCUUUUGCAGGUCCUCAAGCAGGCCGUUUUAGAACGAACAGUGUGUCCGAGCAACUUGUCCAAGGUCGCCGUGUUGUUCAGCGGUGGUCUUGAUUGUACAAUUAUUGCCAGGCUCAUGGAUAUGGUCUUGCCCCAAGAAUUUGAGAUUGAUCUCCUGAAUGUUGCAUUUGAGAACAGGCGGGCCAACACAAUGUGGGAGACACCAGACAGAAUUUUGGGGCGCAGGUCAUUCUCUGAACUGCAAGCUUUAUCAUCUCGAAGGUUCAACCUAGAGGAAAUAAACGUGCCUUAUGAAGAAGCAUUAGAGAGCCAUGCAAUUGUCAAGCAGCUAAUGUGGCCUCAAAAGACCGUCAUGGACCUGAGCAUUGCUAUGGCAUUCUACUUUGCUGCUAAAGGUGGCCAUUCUACAACCCCCAUACUGUUUUCGGGACUAGGCGCUGAUGAGCUUUUUGCUGGCUACUCCCGUCACUUGGGUGCCUACACAUCCAACAAGCUUGCCGAAGAAUUGGAGUUAGAUUUCGGACGUGUUGACACUCGCAACUUGGGUCGCGAUGACCGUGUGUCUGCUUGCUGGGGCAAAGAAAUCAGGUACCCCUAUCUAAGUGAAGCCGUGGUGACCCACGCCUUACAACUGCCCUUAGAUGCUAAAACGGACGGUAAAACUACCAAAAUUGCACUGAGACACGUUGCAAAAGCACUCGGGCUAGAAGAAGUCUGCCACGAGAAAAAAAGGGCAAUCCAGUUCGGAGCUCGCUCGGCCAAAAUGGAUCCUGGAUCGGGAAAGGCCAAAGGACACAAUUUAAUCGACUAG